CUUCUUUUGAAGUGCAUCUCGGAUGACUCAUCUCUGUCGGAUAUUGAAUUUCUUGAUUUCUUGACUCUUGACUCGCUUUAAAUUGUUUUUAUUUUUCUUCCGUGAUAAUCGUUAAUGAUUAAUAUCCAUUCUAUGCAGCCAAUGCCUUGAUAAGUUUGAGGUUGGCUGGCUGCAGUGAUGUCCAGAGCCACAAAAUCUGCCUCGAGGUCUCGGAGCCGCUCAAAGUCCAGGAGCCGCUCAAGGUCCCGGUCAAGAUCCCGCUCCACCUCCCACUCAAGAAGCUGCUCCAGAUCUCGGUCCAGGAAGCGCCAUCACCGCUCCAGGUCUCGGUCUCGGUCGUGGUCAAGGUCUCAUUCUCCAGCUCAUAACCGGGAGAAGAAAUAUACGAGGGGAUACCACAAUGGUCGUGAGUUCCGGGGAUACCACCGCGGCUUCCGGAGGCCGUACAACUUCAGGGGCCGGGGGCGUGGCUUCUUCCCACGUGGACGCUAUCAGCGCGGUGGCUAUAACAAUAACAACAACAACUUCCGACCCAACUGGAAGAAUUACAAGCAGUACCCUCAAAAACAACAACAACAACAACAACAACAACAACAACAACAACAGCAGCAUCAGCAGCAGAACUAUUCACAAGGACGCUCUCAAAACCUCCAGCAACGCUCGGGAAGCCCCUCUCGUGAUCACUCUCAUCACUCUGAUCGAUCCUCCUCGCCAUUAUCCAGACACUCGCAGCAUUCUUCCGCUUCCUCACACUCCUCCUCUUCCAAAUGGAGGCCAUCCUUGCUGCAGACUAACCAGAACUCCAAAGAUGUGAAAGAGCAGCUUUCUGCCUCCGGGGAGGUUGAAAAGGAAGGAGGGGGAGAUGUGAAGCCAGCGGAGCUCAUCGGGGUGUUAGCAGGAGAUGCCAAGGAAGGCUCAUGCAGUGGGAAAGCUAAGGGGAACUGGCAGAGCCUGACGGACUGCAGCAGCAGUCCAAAGAGAACGAGUCCUCUGGCAAGUUCUGCUGUUAUUGUUGGUCAGAGCAGCCAAACUACUAACCAGUCUUGUCCUUCCCCCAAAAUCAAAAAUGAUUGCGGCAACGGCGCCCCCUCUUGGAAGUCGGUGUGUAGUAGUUCAUCCUCUACCAAAAUAACCCCACAUGAAGGUCUGAAUCCAAUGCUUUCAAGCUUUGACUUCUUCUCCAACGAGGAAUACCUGGAUGGAGAUAAAACAGCAAUAUCCUUUGCCUUCAGACAGUUUUUGGAGGAGCAAAAAAAAAAAACUAAAGCUUUGGAAAAUGGCAAGAACACAGAAGCAACUGAUGUGGAUAUGGAUCAAGGCAAAAUGAAGGGCAAAGCCUCCGCGAAUCUCUCUGACUCAGUGUCAAGAAAGUACAGAGAGGACAUUGAUGGUGAAGUGUCUCUGAAAAGCUUUUUGAAAGCUUCUCCUUUUCUGUCUGCUGACGGGGAGGAAGAGGAGGAGACGAUUAUCAAGCCCAAUUCAAAGUCCAUUCACAAAGACUGGCACAAUGGUGACGAGUCCUCUAAGACAAAGAUCAAGGUCACUCACUCAGCCCGGGAACUGUUUAAUGAAUGCUUUGGCAAAUGGCAGAAUGUGGCCUACUCACAAGAAGCCAACAGUGACCUUGACGCCAUGGAGGACAUAUAUCUCACUCGAAAGCAGGAGAAAGCGGCGGCCAUUGCUGCUGCGCUCGCCAAGAGGGAGUUGGCGGAAAAAUGUGAGGGACUGUCCCCAGACAUGGGUGGUAAAGCCAGAAAGAUGGCAAAAUCUCCCUCCAUCUCAUAUCCUACACCACCACCACCAAGGAGGAGCUCUGACAAAGAGCUCAGGGGAGAGGACUCACAUUUCAUGUCCUCAAGAAAACAAGAAACUAAACUGAGAAUGGAUUUCUUUGGAGAAAGCCUGAUGAGGUCUUCUGAUAUUUUAGCUGAGGAGCGACAGUUGUCUCAAGAUCUUGUGCAGGCCUCAAAAAAGGAUCAGGAGUUUCGCUCUAUCUUUCAACAUGUUCCAGCUGCUCCGUCACAGAGGUGUCCCUCCGAGCUGUUUGCUCAACACAUUGUCACCAUCGUUCACCACAUAAAAGCUCAGCACUUUCCGUCCUCUGGAAUGACACUUAACGAGCGAUUCACCGUGUACCAAAGACGAGCUGCAGAGAAGGAAAUGAUGAAGCCAAGAAAAAGCCCAGAGAUACACAGGAGAAUCGAUGUUUCACCAAGAGCUUUUAAGAAACACUCUCAACUUUUUGAGGCGAUGAAAAGCUCAGAGGAUGGCACUUACAAGGAUGCCGGGGAAAAAAUGACGGGUGACCCGAUGGACCUUCGCUUGGAUAUUGAGCGCCGUAAAAAAUAUUCCAUCCAUGACAGAGAUUAUAAGCAGGAUCAUGGAGAAGAUGUUGGAGAUACCCCAGAUUCUAGUAGAGAGAGAUCUGUAGAAAAGUUAUCCAAAUCCAGCGAGAGAUCAAAGAAAAGUCAGAAGAAGCGCUCUCGCUCAACUUCGUCCUCAUCUUCCUCGUCCUCUAAGUCCCAAAAAGAAGAUCUGCCCCAUGGCAAGUCUGAUCCCCAAGAUAAAGGCUUUGAAAAGGUCCAACUGGGUCAAACAGAGUCACCAGAACCAGUUGAAAGAGGAAGGCCACGUGGAGGAUUUCAAGUACAUAUUCGUGGAAGGAGCUGGAACAGAGGCAAUUAUCCAGGAAACUGUUCACAUAGUAACACGAUGGCAAACAUGGAUGUACAGCUAAAAAAUGAAGACUGGGAGCCAGAGUUCACUCCCAAGAGCAGGAAAUACUACUUGCACGACGACAGAGAACGGGAGGCAGAGUGCAAGAUGGUGGACAACCGAGGGCGAGGACGGGGAAGCUUCACUCGUGGAAGGGCGCGUUUCAUCAUCCGCAAAGCCACUGGGGGCCCCAACACCAAUAGCCCCAAAUGGGCCAAUGACAAGUUCCAGAUCAACGGGGAGCAAGGUGACGCGCAGGAGGAGACAGAACAGGACCAUAAAGAAGCAGACAUCGACGGACAGAAUACUUGAGCAGUGAAGCAGCGUGCUGAAAAUCUUAAUUUUCUCUGUGUUGUUAUCGGAUCUGACUCAGUUAUUUUAUCCACCACAAUGGAUUCAUAAAUGCAGAUAAAAGACUCUUUUAUGCCUUAAUUUCAGUGUAGGAAACUCACUCUGACCUGACAAAACUAUUUUCUACAUCAGGAUAGAAUUCAUAUCUAGUAGAAGCACUGUUUCAGGGUGAAUUGCUGUUUCUCAUAAGAGAAGUUUGAUUUAUGUUUAAAUGAUUUAUUGCUUUAAUUGGUUAGGGGGAAUUUCCUCUUAUCUCACAGGAAUAAUAAAAAUAAAAAAACUAUUAAAUAUGACAUUUAUGACAAGUAGCAAGAGAAAAAAACAUCCUAGAUCAAAAGGAGGUUGUGCCUCAUAUUUAUGCAAAUGAAGAAAUGUUUUGUGAGUGGGCUACAAGAUAAAUAGUUUUAGAAAAGCACGCUUCUUGUUUCGAGCUGUGUCUUGUCUGAGAUAGAAUGACAGCAAGAAGUACACUGUAGUUCAUGUUGACAUAAAAACAUCGCUGUUUAGCCAAUGCAGCACUCUACAAAAGACCCUGAUCUGACAUGGGACCAAACUGUAUGGGGUCAAAGGUUACGCUCUACUGUCUUUCAUUGUACUACAGCCAACAGAUCUACAAUACUAGCUGGCACCAUACACGACUGUUACCAUGAGGAUAAAUGUACAUUUAAUAUGUUGCUCAUUAAACAUUUGGCAGUCAAACUAUUUCUAUACAUUACAGUAGCUCUUUGCUUAAUCUUGGACACCACUAAUCAAUGUAUAAUAUUGAUAGUGAUUAUAUUUUUUCUCAAAAAAGACAUUCAUAGUUUUUGUACCUGGCUAGACAGGAUUUUGUCUGCAAAGGCAUUGCCAUAGAUUUUGAUGUGUUUUUUUAUUCGCUGUUUUGCAAACAUUUGUCCAGCCAAUAUUGAUUAUAUCAGUUAUGUAAAUUGUGUUCUACAGUGUUCAUUUUGUGAUAGAACAAGGCUCAACAGUUGUAUUUGUUUAUACAACACGAGGCAAUUUAUAGAGCAAAAGUUACAGUUAUGUCUAACCUAGAAUAAGAAUGUUUUUCAGUGCAUAUCUCCAAUAAAUGUAUAUCUAGGAUUAGGCUCAUCUCUGUUUGGCUAACUGCCCAUACAACUGAAACACAUGUUCUUGUGCCUUGCUGCGGGUCUGCCGGUCUUAUUUGUACUGCAGGCCUACUAAUUCAGAUGUCACAUUUAAAGCAUGUAAACUGCUUAAAUUAAUAUUGAUUUUCUAAAUAGGUGUUACUGUUCUUUUUCUUAGAGAAUGUAAAUUAAAAGAGACACUGAUUACUUUAA